AUGAGUAAUAAAAAACUGUAUUUUGUUCUCCGGCAUGGGUUAAUUAAAUAUGACGUCUUAGCUUGGGCAUGGCCGGAGGCCAUGCAACCUUCGAACACAUAUUUAAUUAUACCCGCCAAGGGGUUAUGGCCUGGGCUAUAAGUUUUCCUUUUUGCCGAUGUCGGCCAGAAAAUCCAUUUUUUGGAUUUUCUGUUCGGGCAACCUCGUCGCUGCAGCCUGAAGCAAGGCCUCGGGAACCUGUAGUCUGCCCACUUAAAGCUGGAGCUGCCCCGUUGUAGCAAGGAGGAGGUGAUGGCCAUGCAACCCGCCUUUCCGACGAUCGUAGUAGACGUUACCGCAAAGCGGAUGAAUCCCAUGGCGGGAUCCUCGGUAACCCGAUUAACAAAGUGGACUCGAACCAGCUAAUUAAGUAAAGUCAGCUCUUCGGCAUGGAGAAAGAGGAGACAGACAUGCAACGACCAGGGAAUUUCCAGUAAAUUUUGAUCCAACACUAACAGAAAAAGGACUAAUUCAAGCACAGCAAUCUGCCCAAAAAAUAUAUAGUCUGAUACCGUCUGGUAAAACUGUUCAUUUGGUAAGCUCUCCAACUCUAAGAUGCAUUGAGACAGCUGCUGCUAUAGCUUCUCUCUUUAAUAUCCCAAUCCACAUAGAAGAAGGCUUUGGGGCAUUAGUCGCUGGCUUGGGAAAUUCUCCUUUUGAUGGGCUGACACACAAUUUAUGAGGAAUUGAAGAAGUUGAAAAGUUUUGCGGUGCCAAAAUUAUCAUGAAUAACCAUUUGGCAAGGCCAACCUUCCCAGAGCCUGAUGAAAUAUACAAAAGGAGAAUCCAAUAUGUAUGGGAUACAUAUACUGAAAUCCUACAAGAAGAUGUCUUAAUUAUAGUCAGUCACAUGAUAGUUGUGCAAAGCCUGACUUCAAUCUUAUUGAAUACAGAUUUUUUAGUCAGCGAAGAAGGAUAUUGCAGGCUGACAAUUGCUGAAGAAACUGACGAAGGAGUUAAUGUUUUGCAGACUGCAGAUUAUUCUCAUGCAACACAAUAA